ACAUUUGCUAAUGGUCGAGUGAGUUGGAGGUCUACCUUACAGUCAAACCAUUGCCUUGUCUACAACAGAAGCAGAGUACAUGACAUCUUCCGAGGUUGUUAAGGAAGCUAUUUGGUUGGAGGGUUUACUUGAAAAUUUGGGAGUUGUUCAGAAACAUAUUGUUGUGUUUAGUGAUAGCCAAAGUGCUAUUCAUUUGGUAAAGAACUAAGUCUAUCAUGCACAAAGAAAGCACAUUGACGUUCGGUUUCAUUUUAUGCAGGAUAUUAUUGAUGGAGGCAAGAUACCUUUUCAGAAGAUUGUUACAGUUGAAAAUCCCGCAGAUAUGUUGAUCAAGAUUGAUUCAAACAUUGUUUGGACUUGAUUAAUAUCCUGCAAGUCUGAAUAUUUUUGGAAGGUGUCGAUGAUGUUGGUGACUGAAAAAUUUGUUGAAUUUAUUGUCAAGCUUGGUUUUUGAUACAAAAUGGCAUCUUCUGAUGAGGAAGGUGAGAUUGUGCCCGAUUACGUGACUGAUUACCAUUUUGUUGAUGGCGAUGGUAAACUCAUUCCCAUUUCCAAUCUCCAACUUUUGUGGCACAAGGGUGAGAGCCCAGGUGGCUUGAAGAUACAGAUAUUCUUACAUGGGACUGCUGAUUGUGGGCUUCAGAAAAUCUUCAAGCAGGUCAUAGCAUGGAAGUUUGAGCUUUCUCAUGCGCAACCUCAAAUUUCAGUGCUCACCAAGAACAAUGAUUGGAUAAAGCUCAAAAGGCCAAGGAGAAGUUUUGAGACUGUGCUUAGGACAAUAUUGGUUACACUUCAUUGCCUCCACUGUGCAAAAAAGAAUCCAGAAGCAUCAGCAAAAUCCAUCUGGAUUGGCUUAUUGAAAACCUUCAGCUCAUAUGAGGUUCAACCUUCUGAGAAUGAUCUAUUGGAUCAUAAGCCACUUAUCAAGGAGGCUAUGGAAAGGGAUAGAGAUUUAGCAAACUCUAAGUAUCUACGAACUUUUCUUUUGGAGACUCCUAACAAAAAGAGACUUCUUAAUGAGAUAAGAAAGAACAAGUUUAUAGAUGAUGAUGAUAGCGACGAAGAUGAUGGAAAUGUAGAUGAUGAUGAAUGUGAUGAAAAUUGGCUGUUCGAUACUGUUUGUGCCCUUUGUGACAAUGGUGGUGAACUUCUAUGUUGUGAAGGGACAUGUAUGAGAUCCUUUCAUGCAACCAUGGAUGCUGGGGCUGAGUCUCUUUGUGAAUCUCUUGGGUACUAUGACACUGAAGUUGAAGCAAUUCAGAAUUUUUUGUGUAAAAACUGUCAGUAUCAGCAGCAUCAAUGCUUUGCUUGUGGAAUUUUGGGCUCCUCUGAUAAUGAAUCAUCUGAGGCAGCAGAGGUCUUCUCUUGUGCUUCUGCAACUUGUAUUCAUUUCUAUCAUCCAGAGUGCAUUGCGAAGCUGCUUCAUCCAGGGGAUCAAAUUCAAGCAGCAAGACUUAAGAAGAAAAUUGCUGCAGGGGAAUCUUUUACAUGCCCUGCCCAUCAAUGUUUUGUUUGUAGAGAAGUUGAAAAUAAAAAUAUGCAUGACUUGCAGUUUGCAGUCUGUAGACGCUGUCCAAAAGCAUACCAUCGAAAAUGCUUGCCACGGGAGAUUGCUUUUGAACGUAAUACUGGUGAAAAUAUAAUGCAAAGGGCUUGGGAAGGUCUACUGCAGAAACGUAUCUUGAUAUAUUGCAUGGAUCAUGUGAUUGUUGAAAAACUUGGGACUCCUCUCAGAAACCACAUUAUAUUUCCUGAUGCUGAAGGAAAAAAGAGGUGGCACAGUCUAGGACUACUGUUGGGCAAUGAUAUGGUUAUGGAGAAGGAAAGUUUGGUUGCUGAAAAUAUUUGUGCUCAGAGAAGUAUAGGAAAGAGAUCAGAACAGUUGGGCAGGGUGUAUACAGCUGUUAAAUAUGGUGAUUAUAUUGAAAAUUCUGAGAAAAAGUCUCCCAGACAAGUGCCCACUUCAUCAAAAAAACCAAAAAUUACUGGUGUAAGUAGAACGUUUUUGAAAGACAAUGUUAAGUUUGUCUCAGGGACAUUGAACAAGUCCUCGGCUGUGGACAAAAGCAAGCUAUCCUUGAGAUGCAAUAAAUUAAAUCUAUUGCCAGAGUCAGGGUCAUCACCAGUUAAGCCAAGGCAACAGGAUAUUUCCAGCAGUAGGCUUGGGAAUGUUGUAUCAGCUAAGCCUGUAACGAAGGAGGGAAGCAGUUCACGGCCUUUAGCUGAUCAUGAAAUGGAAAAACGAAUUCUGGCUUUAAUGGAAAAAUCAUCUUCUUCAUUUAAUGUUGAAGAAUUCAUGAAAAAUCAGAAACUACCUUUGACACACGAAUGCUCCCCCAAACAUGUAUUGGACAGGAUCAUAACACAAGGGAAGGUGGAAGGUUCUGUGAAGGCUGUUCGUAUAGCCCUACAGAAGUUAGAUGAAGGAUGCACCAUUGAGGAUGCAAAAGCUGUUUGUGAACCAGAGAUUAUUAAUCAGAUUAUCAGAUGGAAGAGGAAGCUAAAAGUUUAUCUUGCUCCUUUUUUGUAUGGGAUGUGCUACACAUCUUUUGGUCGACAUUUCACGGAAGUGGAAAAGCUUAAGCAAAUUGUUGACAGGCUUCAUUGGUAUGUGCAGAAUGAUGACAUGAUAGUCGACUUUUGCUGUGGUUCUAAUGAUUUCAGUUGCUUAAUGAAAGAAAAACUUGCCGGGAUGGGGAAGAAAUGCUCUUUUAAAAAUUAUGAUCUUUUUCCAAGUAAGCAUGAUUUCAAUUUUGAGCAGAGAGAUUGGAUGAGUGUCUGUUUACACGAAUUACUGCCAGGAUCUCAGCUGAUCAUGGGAUUGAAUCCUCCUUUUGGGGUGAAUGCAUCUCUUGCGAACAAAUUCAUUAACAAGGCCCUCAAGUUUAAACCCAAGCUCCUUAUUCUUAUUGUUCCGAAGGAAACUGAACGACUUGACAGAAAAAGAACUCCGUAUGAUAUGAUUUGGGAGGAUGAACAGUUACUCUCAGGCAAGUCUUUUUAUCUGCCUGGAUCUGUUGACAAGCAAGACAAACAAUUAAAAGACUGGAAUGUGAACCCACCACCACUUUAUCUUUGGAGUCGCCCUGAUUGGACCGCAAAGCACAAGGCAAUUGCUCAAAAGCAUGGGCACAUAAUCAAGGAGCAAGCAGAUACGGAUGCAGAGAAAAUCAACUUUGAAACAGUCUCAAAUUAUCGAAUGGAGGAGAAUCAUGAUUGUUAUGGUGAUUUUUCCAAUCUAAUAAAUGCAUCCGAUGGUGUUUGCAGAAUAUUAGAUGAUAUUCCUGAAGAUAAUCAUGAAUUUGAACUUGAAGGGACCCAAAAAACUGCCUCAUACCAGCAAAAAGAGACCCAUUUUGAUGGUAGCAGUGGACCUUUGGAUACAAACAACAAUGGAAAGAAGAGAAGCCUUGAGAACCUGUACAACAGAGGAAAGGAUUUGGUGGCCAGGAUGAGGCAUCACCAACAGUGAAACAGUAUGAUCAGAUGCCACUCCAAAGCGAUGAGAUGUACAUAGACAUGGAAUUGUCAACUCCGAUUAAUUCCCCGUUGAAUUGUGCAGAACUACAAUGCUUUUCUGAAGGCAAACCAGGUGAGGCGCAGCACUUGCAACCAAGCCAUUCCAGAGCCAACAUGGAGUUCCGAACAGAAUAUGCAUAGCUUUGGUCAAGUGACUCUAAUACCAUGGACGAUGGUGGUGGACAGUACAAUGAGGCAGCUUUUUCAAUUGGGACACAUGAAUGGGUGACCAACACCAGUUUUGGUCUGGAUAGCAGGUCCAUUGACUUGAACGACUCAUUUCAUGAGUACCUUAAAUAUAAUGCGGAUAGAACAAGUGGCAAAUCUUAAUAUCCAUGAGCAAAACCUAGAAGACUGAAGGUUAUGCACUUAAGAAAAAUCAUCCUGCUGCCUACAGUGGUUGCAUGUAUGGGGAUGGACUUCUACUAACUGGAUAAUUGAAAUAUUGUAAAGAUAAGAUGGGGUUGAAAUGGCUUUAGGGUUUUUCCACGAUUGCUGGGUAUAAAUGCUAACCAUGACUGCUGACUUGCUCCUUCACAACCCUAAUUCUCCCAGUAAGAAUUGUUUGUAGCAGUUAUAUGUACAUAAGAAUCUCCAGUAGUUCUAAAAGCUGAACGCUGAACUGAAAAAAAAUCAUCCUGCUGCCUAC